AUGGCACGUAAGGAGAAGCAGGCUGAGGAAGAGGCCGAACAGGAGAACAACGCCACUGCGCUCGAAGAACCAGAACCAUAUUCUGACGUCGAUGCCGAUGCCGAUGGCGACUCUGGAGGAAAGAAAGAAAAUGAGAAUGAGACAGAGACAGAGCAAAAGCCUGAGCCAGAAGGAGACUCUGCCCAUGCCGGCCAGAAGCGCAAAGAUCCGCCAACCAAUACCUCCAAAUCCGAAGCAGCAGACACUAAGGCACCACGACGACAGGGAACACGCACUUCACCUCGCAACAACACAGAGAAUAACCCUGCCUCCGCAGAGCAACUUCUCAAAUUCCUGCUCUCUCCCUCAGCGAUGCCGUAUUGCUUCCCUGAGGACGAACUUGAAGACGUCGCCAAAAAGUCCAAGGAGAAGGAGUACAAGUCAUACUCACUAACAUCUCCGUCCGAUUUUACGCCCUUCGAGCAUUUGCUCUGCACGCAUAUGCUCUCCAAGCCCCUCUCGCACACUCUCGGCAUGAGAAGCAUUCGCACUUUACUCAAUCCCCCUUUCAACCUGACCACCCCCGAGAGGAUAGUCUCCGCUGGGCAGAAGCGGGUGUGGGAAGCCCUCGAAGCCGCGCGGACCCAGCACCGCCAAAAGACCGCGUCCUACAUCUUCCGCACCGCUGAACUGUACGCUAAAUCCGAGACAAUGUUCAAACUGGCCGAGGAGGCCAACGACGACGGUUUCCACGGUGUGAUCGAGCACAUCAAAUCGACCGUCCCCGGCCUGGCCGUGACGGGCGGAGAGAUCUUCUGUCGAAGAGUCCAAUGUGUGGACGGGUGGGGGCACGCGCUUUGGCCGUUUGCGGAUUCAAAGGCCAUGGAUGCGGUCAGAAGAAUCGGAGUCCCCGUCGACGACGCAGAGGCAUUGCGCAACCUCCUCGUCAACGAGCUGGAUUGGGAUCAGAUCCGGGGGCACAUGGGCCUCCAACAGAGCAGACUGGACGAGGCACCGGCAGAGCUCGUCACAGACCAAAAAGAGGCACGGGUCCAAGUUGCCUUUGUGCUUGCGUUGGAGAGAGCUUUGGGAUGCGUGCUCGAGGGUAAAGUCGCGGAACUUAGAACCGCGGCCGCUGGGGUGUAA